GCUCAUCAAAUAUACAAUGUUAUCCUGCGUCUCGAUCAUCAGGAAGCUUGACAGUCCUCUGCUGACGUGAAUCAGAUUACAGUGGCUGCACUCGUCGGGUCACCCACUACGGCCGGGCGAGACAGCGACUACCCAACUACCGUAUCGAACAAGGAAGAAGAAGAUGAUGAUGAUGAAGAUAAAGCAGCAGCAGCAAUAAAGCAAAAGCAAAAGCUCUCUCUCCCUUCCCCCCCCUCCUCUCUCUCUCUCUGUGUCUAUAUAUACGGUGUGUUGGAAGACUCAACAAGCACAUCACUUCUCUUCAUCCUCUCUUUGCCAUUGAGGAGAGCGUUGCAGGUAAAUCUCGAGAAGAAGAGCCCGCGAGCAAUGUCGGAAUCAGAGCAGUCGAUGGGAGGCGUCGGUCGGCUGUCUUUGCGGACGACCACCGGGUUCAUGGUGGCCGGGGUGAUCACCUGCUUCGUGCUGUUUGUCCUCGUCUUCUUUCUGUACCUCCGGGCUAAGCGGUACUGGGGCGCUAUCCCGGUCUCCGGCGGCGGGAGCACCCGACUGGCGUUGACGGCCCAGCAGGCCACCGGGUUCGACGCCGCAGCCAUCGUGGCGGCGCUACCUCCGGUGGUGCUCCGUGCUGGGGAUUUGAAGGAGGGCGUCGAGUGCGCGGUCUGCCUCUCGGAGCUGUCGGAGGGCGAGGCGGCGCGGCUGCUGCCAAGGUGCGGCCACGCCUUCCAUCUCGACUGCAUCGACAUGUGGUUCUGCUCCCACUCCACCUGCCCCGUCUGCCGGAGCUCGGCGGUGCUCGAGGAGCCCGAAAAGCCAGAUUCCGUCGCUGAAUCACCGCGCAACCAGGAUUACAGCGGAGAACAGAGUUCGACUUCGUCGGGAUCGUUUUCAGGGACUCCUCCGGGCGCGUUGGUGAUCGAGAUACCAAGAAGCACGGUGGACGAUUUGCAAACUCCAAGUUCGCCACGGCCUGCGAGUAGUCUACCUGAGGAGGCCAUAUCGACGACGACGACUGCAACGCUGAGGUCAUUGCGAAGGCUUCUGAUUCGUGGGAGCAGGGUGGCCGCCGCUUCUAGUCCCAGAGGACAUGACGUCGAGCAGGAGGGACAUGCUCCGAUCUCGAAAGCACCGACGAGUUCAUGUCACUGAAACAGAGAAAGAUCCAACAUUUACAGUUCCCAUUAGGAUUUGUAUAGGCAGUAGCCAAUGCAUGUCGAGCCACUGCAAGUUUUCAUGGUCAAAAUGGUUUUUCCAUGUUUGUAGAUUGGAAGCAGAGCAUUCCUUCA